AUGAUGCCUUGCAAAUGGAUCGCUUCCACCAUUGAGCUCCUCUGUGGGAUCAAAUGCACCAGCAUGGAAGAGCGCUUGGAAAGUGCGGAGACAGCGAUUGACAAACUUCAGGAUCAUGUCCUAGACAUCGAGGAACUCAAGUCGGAAGUCGCCAAGCUCAAGAAGCGCAUUCACAAAUCAACUGCUGCGAAGACCAUCAGCCAGCAACAACCAAAGAAGCGAGACAACCAUGGUUGGGGAGCCGCUCCUUCGGGAAAAAACCCCAAAGUCGUGGAUUCAGAUGAUAACAUCGAGGAUUUAGAUGAGGAUCCAUCGAACGUCUGGGUUCCCGUUGAACGAGCCAUAAAUGCGCUUGGAAAGCAAUGGUGA